AAAUACUCAAUUGUCAUGAAGAAAGAGAGUGAGAGAGAAAGAGCAAAGCACAGAACUGAGAGACAUUGAUCAUCAGCAUCAUCAUCAUCAUCAUCAUCAAUGGAUUCAUCGUCAGAGCAGAACAUCGCUUACGAUUUGGCAUUGAAGAUAUUGAUAAUAGGAGACUCUGGAGUCGGCAAAACCAGUCUCGUCCUUAGCUUCACCUCCAAGUACACUGAAUAUUCCGCCCCUACCAUCGGUGUGGAUUUUAAAAUCAAAUAUCUAACUGUUGGGGGCAAAAAAUUGAAGCUAACCAUUUGGGACACUGCUGGACAAGAGAGGUUCAGGACAUUGAUAAGCUCUUACUAUAGAUCAGCCCAAGGGAUUCUUCUUGUUUAUGAUGUAACACGGAGGGAAACCUUUACAAACUUGUCGGAUGUGUGGACUAAAGAAGUAGAUCUUUACUCCACCAAUAAGAAUUGCAUUAAGAUGCUUGUUGGAAAUAAAGUUGACAAAGAAUCAGAAAGGGUUGUAAGUAGAGAAGAAGGAAUUGAACUUGCAAAACAGCUUGGAUGUUUAUUUUAUGAAUGCAGUGCUAAAACUAAAAAAAAUGUGGAUCAAUGCUUUCAAGAGCUUGCUUUAAAGAUCAUGAAAGGCCCUGGUCUCGAGAAAGAAGAAUCUCCCGGAGUGAAACUUGAUGGCAGUGGCGGUGGUGGUGGCAGUGGCGGUGGCGGUGGCGGUGGCAGUGGCGGUGGCGGUAGCGGUAGCAGUGGCGGUGGCGGUGGCGGUGGCGGUGGCGGUUGUUGUUCAUAAAAUGACACAACAGAGGUUGUGAGACAUAAUAUGUAUAUCAUACAGAGGCCCUCACCAAGCAGCAUUGCUAAUGGCAGACAGAGCUUGUCACUAAACCUUUCAUGAUCAAAUUAUGUAUAGUUGUCCCAGUAGCUGUUCUGGGAGUAUUGGCACUCAAAUAAAAUCUAUUAGCUUGUGUAAA